GCAGACACUGAGCGUAGUGUACUGUUAUUAGUAGUCUGGAUCACUUAGUGUAGGGCCACAGUGCAUCAUUUUAUUGCAUCAGAUCUCUAGAGGAACAUAAUCUAAACAAAUGGAGGUGCGGCUGUGGUGGAUGUUGAUGCUGAGUGUAGUGUGCGUGUCUGUACACUGCCAGCAGUCCAAGAAGUUGACACAGAACUCUUGCGCAGUCAAACAGACUUGUCACGACUGUAUACAGACGCCGUCCUGCGCCUGGUGCGCCCAGCCCCAGGGAUUUGAAGACCGUCAACGCUGCUACCAGCCAAGUGGUAACCCUCGUGUUCAGUGUGAGAAGUCGUACAUCGUGGACCCAGGCAAUGAGUUCAGGGUCAUAGAGCAGAGACGACUCAGUAAGGGCAAGUACUCCGGUAACGGGUACUCCACCAAUACAGCCACAUCUUCAUCGUCUUCCUCAUCUUCAUCAUCGCCCAACCACGAGGCUGUGCAGAUCUCACCCCAGCGGGUCUCCCUCAAGAUAAGAAUCAAUGAGGCUUACAGGAUGACGGUACAUUAUGCUCAGGCCGAGGAUUACCCUGUGGACCUCUAUUACCUCAUGGACCUCAGCAAUUCCAUGAGGGAUGACAAGGAGAAGCUAUCCAGUCUGGGUGAUGUGUUGGCUAAGAGAAUGCAGAACAUCACCAGCAACUUCCGCCUGGGGUUCGGCAGCUUUGUAGACAAAGCGGUCAUGCCCUACGUCAGUACAGCGCCCAUCCAACUAAAGGAACCAUGCGACCAAUGUGUACCUCCUUACGGUUUCCGCAACCACAUGAAGCUCACAACAGACACCGCCAAGUUCAACGAUGAGGUGCACAAGGCUCCGACAUCGGGAAACUUAGACGGUCCUGAGGGAGGCUUCGACGCCAUCAUGCAGGCCGUCGUCUGCCGGGACCAGAUCGGCUGGCGGGAAAAGGCCCGGAGGUUGCUGGUCUUCUCUACUGACUCUGACUUCCAUUACGCUGGUGACGGAAAGCUCGGAGGCAUCGUGAAACCGAACGAUGGCCUAUGCCAUCUUGAUGAGAAAGGCACCUACAACCACUCCAUACUUCAAGACUACCCGUCCAUUUCUCAGAUCAACCAAAAGGUGAAACAGAAUGCUAUCAACGUGAUAUUCGCUGUGACCAAGGAUCAGACCGAUUUGUAUAAAGCAUUACAAAAACGCAUAGUAGGUAGCACCUUCGGCAUACUCUCUAAGGACUCGAGUAACGUCGUCGACCUGGUGCAGGAGCAGUACAAUAAAAUCAAGUCAUCAGUGGAAAUGAAGAACACGGCAAGCAGUGGUGUGAAAAUUACAUACUACUCCAAGUGCCUGGACGAGAACGGCCCGCUUAAGCAGACCAACAAGUGCGACGGGCUGCAGGUGGGAACGGUGGUCACUUUUCAGGUGGAGGUCGAGGUCAAGAUCUGUCCCAAGGAUCCCAAGGAAUGGAAACACUCGUUCCAGAUUUAUCCUGUUGGCAUCAAUGAGUCCCUGAUUGUUGACCUGGAGAUGCUGUGUUCUUGCUCCUGUGAGCACUCAGGCAACCUUGGGUACAAGGAGCUUGCGCCCGAGUGCUCAGGUGUCGGCACUUACAAGUGUGGGGUUUGCGAGUGCGACAGCACUCACUUCGGGCGCAAGUGUGAGUGCGGGGGUGACAAAACACGACAGCCCGACAAGGACAUCGACAAGACGGCCGGCUGCAGGCCUGACAACACGACUGUCAACGACUGCUCGGGCCGUGGCACAUGUGUUUGCGGCCAAUGUAACUGUGACACCAGACUCAACCCUGAGGAGAAAAUAUCAGGCCCGUUCUGCGAGUGUGACAACUUUUCUUGUGACCGCCAGAAUGGGCUGUUGUGCUCCGGCUGGGACCACGGGCAGUGCGUGUGUGGCAAGUGUGUGUGUGCCUCAGGCUGGACAGGCAGUGCAUGUGACUGCCCUGCCACCAACGACACUUGUAUACCGCCCGAGGGUGGGAAGAUCUGCAGUGGUCGGGGAAUCUGCGUGUGCGGCACGUGCAUGUGUGACCAGGAUGACAAGGGUGGAUUCUACGGCGGCAGCUACUGCAACAAGUGCUCGACCUGCCCGAACAGGUGUAAGGAGUUCAAGGAGUGUGUUCAGUGUCUGGUGUUCAAGACAGGGUCUAUCAUGCCUGAGGAGUGUAUCGCUAACUGUACCUUUGAGUUGACUGUUAUGGAUGUUGUAGAAGAUCGAGAAAACCCGGACAAGAUUUUCUGUGCCUACUUCGAUGAAGACGAUUGUCGGUUCACUUACAUCUACUCCUAUGAUAAGGAGGAUAAAAUCGUCAUCAAAGCUAAGAAAGAGAGGGAAUGCCCACAACCAGUUAAUUUUUUAGUUAUUGUGCCGAGUGUGAUCGGAGCAAUUGUGCUUAUCGGGUCAGCACUUCUCCUGCUGUGGAAGCUAGUCACCACAAUACAUGACCGCAGAGAGUUCGUCAAGUUCGAGAAGGAACGCGCAAUGGCUAAAUGGGACACGGGAGAAAACCCGCUUUACAAACAGGCAGUAUCGACUUUCAAGAAUCCUGCGUUCGGUGAAGAGUGAUCCCUGAUAGACUUAUCCGAAGGCAUUUCUAUAAAUUCGGUGCCGUCUUACUGCAUCAUCCCAUCAUAGUCUUUAAGGAAAACAUUUUCCUUUAUCCUGAGUUCAUUUUCUAGAAGAGUGAUUUCAAAUUGUUCUUUACUAGUUUGUGACAAUAUUGUUGUUUUAAUUGUAUGCUGUGCUAAAUAUUUUAACUGGAUAUACAGUAUAUUUGGUUUAUACUAAAACUAAAUUAUGUGAAUGAACAACUAUUUCAGUGGCGCAUCCAGAAAUCUUCCCUGGAGUCGGGAACAGUCGGGGAUACGGAAAUCCUCGCAUACUAGCAGGGGAGUCCGGGAGCCCUUCCUCCGGGACAUUUUUGAAAUAUUAAGUCCUAAAACGUGAAAUAUUGUACUUUUCAACUAAAAAAAGAGGACAAAUAUCAGGUUGGAGGGUUUUUCUUUUUUUAACAAAUAUUGAACAAGUUUAAAUCACAAAUCAAGGCCAAAGCUAAAUCUUGAUGUCUAUUGUUAGUUCAAAAAGGAUAGAUAUCCGAGUAGAGCUAAAAUAACAGGAAAUGUAUAACUUCCAGUUUUUAUAUCUAUAACACUGAAAAAUACCAGUUUUUGGUGAUUUUCAACUAAACUCAAACUUUGAAAAUUUAUAACUUGGAAACUUAUGAUCCGAUUAAAGACCAAAUCAGUUGUUCAUGCAAGAUAGAUAAAGGUGUACUGUAAUUGUAACUGUGCUAUGUUAACUUAAGAACAGUAUGAAAAAAAUUGUUAUUAAAUUACCAUCUUAACUUUUAUUCUUGACCGUGUUGUCCACAAAAUUUGGCAUUGGUCACGUUGUGGAGCUCUUAAUCAUUAUCUUGGCGUGUAAUUUUGUAAAUCAUUAGUUAAAUUAUUUAAUGUUUAACACGCAUUAAAUUGGGCAAGUUUUGUUAAUUUACCGUAACAGGUAACUAUUCGUUUUACCGCGCAAUCGCCAGAAUGCCCAGGGCAGUGUUGCCCCGAAGUGAUAACGAAUUACAACAAUCUAAUACAAUACAGAACUUCACAGAGCUCUGUAACUUAGUCAACUACGAUGACAACUGAUCGCGUCGGAACUAAUGCAAAAUAUUCUUAUGUACCGGUUACUGGUCUGUAAAGAGUACAAGUUACCGUAAACCGUGUGCUUGGAACUGUUGCAGUUACUUUUAUGGAUCAGAUAGUUUAUACGCUUACUGCCGUUCCUAGUACAAAGUACUUGGACUGGUUUAGCAGUAGCAGUAACUGGAACAUGUAAAUGUACCAUUUUUAGGAGCACUCUGUAACUUAUGAUUCAAAAUCAUUGUAUUUUUACACGGUUACUGAAAAAUUUGAAUUAUUGUCCCGUUUGUCCCCUCCCCCUUCGGUGCGCCUCUGAACUACUCCAAUACAUUAAAAAAAUAAACAUCCAAAUAAAUAUUUCUAAAUGUAACAUUACUUGAAUAAACGUUAAAUUAAUUAGACUAUCGUACUAAAAAUAAUAAAACCAGUAUGUUUUAUUUUAUAGUCUUGAGUCAAUUAAUUUUUAGUUGUAAGCUGUAUACUGUAACGUACUUAUAAGCCGUAAUCAUUAUAGUAAAUAAAUAAUUUACCUCAUACUGCAUAA